GAUUAAGUCUCCCUGAUUUUCGCAACGCUGCAUCCCAUGUUGCCUAUUUUUCUUGCAUCCAUACCGGCGAACUUUUCAUGUCGAACCUGCCGCAUUUCCUGGAGCGCGACCGCUAGAGGUGCCAUUGUCAUCCCCAGGAAAGCGCCUGUUCGCCAAUUUAUCGUCUCUCAUUUUGCAUCCCAUCACACUACUCCAAGGCCAAUCCCAUAAUCUACAUCUUAUUUCCCAACAUGCCGAGCAUAGUUCGAUUUGGUCGGCCCAAGAAGUCAUCUAAACCAGAGACUGAGAAUGCUAACUCCACUCCCCAUGUAUCAGCUACACCGAAUUCGUUCCGAGCUCCUCGUAUCAGUUUGCCCCAUGUCGAUGCAGAGCUGAACAUGGCACAGCACAAUGGGUUGUUUGAGGUCGACCCUCCCGAGCGACAAAAAGGCACGGAGGCCGCAGAGACCAUAAUGGAUAGCACAAGUCCGCCUCCGAGCUACAUCAGUAAUGCGUCAGCAAACCCCAUGAACGGCGAUGCAACUGGAGCAGAAUGGUCCUCCGCCGUUGGUCACGCAGCUACGGGCAAGUCCGGUCGUGUCAUACACAAUUUACAAGAGGAUAUCGCGCGGUUGACUCGCGAAUGCAGCGUUUACCGGUCUCGCGCAGAGGAAACGCAGCGGAUGAACGAAGCCUUCAAAACUCAAGUACAAAACAUGACCGAUCGUCUCCGGAACCUUGAACACUCGAACGAAAUGAACCUACAUUCACUCUCGCGGAAAGAAAAAAAGAUUGAGGAACUGCGCGCUGAGCUGAAGGGCGAACGGGACAGGCGGCAGCAAGCGGAUGACGAGAAAGCCAGAUUCCGCCAAUUGAUGGAUGAAGCGCAGGACGGUUUCCAUCAAAAAUGUGCUGAACUUCAAGAAAUCGCUCAUCAUGCCCAAACUCAGUACGAUGUGCUCGUGAAAUCAGGGCAGCGCGAACGGGCGGACCAACAACGGAGGCUGAAAAAUAUACGAGACGAAUUCAUUGCAUUGAGGGAAGCGCACAAUCAAACAAAUUCACAAUUAAGUCAGUUGGACGCCAUCAUGGCUCAGAAAGAUCAAGAGAUUGAACGCGGACGCGCCAACUUUGACGCUCUAUUUAAGGAGUACGAGGCCUACAAGCGAGCGCAUGACGAAGAGGUGCGAGACUUAAUAAAACAAACCCGGCAAGGCGAGGCGAAGUUCAACGCUACACUUGCGUCUUUGAAGGAAACCGAAAGCCAGAUGAAAUGGGUUGUACAGGUUAAACGCGAGGUCAAGGACGCCGAAUGA